AUGAGUGGUCCUGGCGAUGAUCGAUGGCGCGGGGGCCGCACAUAUGACCAAAACCGCCAAUCGGGACAAAGGCACUCCUUGCACAGAACGAUGAGCGCACACAGUGGCUCUCGUGGUGGACAGAACCAGAAUGCCUGGGGAGAGUCGCGUGAUCAGCUUUCCACUGGGCCAGCUCAGGAGCAACAUGUUCCCGUGCGAGGCUUCAAUGCUGCCGAGGCGAAGGGGGCUCUCAGAAGAAAGCCGAAGCCCUUCUUCUAUAAACCCGGUGGAAAGGACACAAAUCGCUCUGGGCCUUGGGGCUCGAAACCAAACACCAUGGCCAACGGCAAGGACUUUUUCCUCGAGCUUCGGAAACAAAUCACCACUUUGCGGCAAGGUAACAAUAUCGCAGGUGGUUGA